UCCACCAUGCAAUCCCUCCAUUCAUUUACACCCCAAGAAUAUUUGCCAACAAAGUCCCCCACAACUUAAGUCUUUAAGUCUCAAAGCAAGUCAUUUUAUUUGAAUAUCUAUAUUCCGAUUCAAUAUCCUCGCACAUAAUAUAUAUAGUGGCUAGAUCACACAAACACUAAAUACACAACAAAAACCACUUUCUCAUCUCUUUAGCUUUCUCUCCACUAAAUACUACUACGCUCAAAAAGAUUUUAUCUUUAUUUGUUUUUCUCUUUGCUUUUGGAUUGUUGUAGAUCUAGGAAUAAGAGUAAAUAAAAAAACCAAGAUGAUCCAGGAACUGUUUGGAGGUGCAGGCCUUAGUAACAUAGAAGGAGGAGAGAGGAAAUCUUUCACCUUUCAUGGUGGUACUACUUGUUCUCCUUCUCUGUCUCCUUCACCAUCCCCUUCUUCCUCAACAACUACCACCGCCACCGCCACCACAACAAUCACGGCAGGUUUAUCAAGUACUGAGAACUUGAGAUGCCCAAGAUGCGAAUCUUCCAACACCAAGUUCUGCUACUACAACAAUUACAACCUCACUCAACCCCGCCACUUCUGCAAGACCUGUCGCCGCUACUGGACAAAAGGAGGAGCCCUCCGCAACGUUCCAAUUGGCGGCGGCUAUAGAAAAAACAAGAGUGUCACCGGGUCAACGGCUUCCAUAGGCAAGACCGCCGCAGGGAAGUUGAAAACGGUGGUGUCAGAGAUUGGCCGUUCAGGAUUUGGUGGGGGGUUCGAUCAGGAGGUCCAAGCAAGCCCAAUACUAUGGGGCUCGCCCCAGAAUUCUCAUUUACUAGCCCUGUUAAAAGCCAGUCAUCAUCAAAACCCUAACCCUAAUCAACUUUGUAAUUCUGUAAAUGUGAAGCAAGAGGGAGGUAUGAAUAUGAUUGGGUCCCACAUGAUGACUACUGAGGCAAUUGCAAUGAAUACUGCUCGAACCCUGGGGUUGGAUCCAGUGUGCCAGGCUCCUUCACUUGGCCUGUGCAGCUCUUUCUGGAGAAACAACAACCAAAAUCAACCACCUCCAAGCCAUCACCAACACCAACAAAACGGUUUCAUUGUUGGUCAUGAAGUUCAAAGCAGCAAUAUUGGAAUUCAAGAAUUGUUUCAGAGGCUAACACCAUCAACAUCACAAUCAGGUAGUUAUUAUUCCGACCAACUAAAUAAUGUGGUGGCGUCUUCAUCCUCCUCAUCAUUGUCUUCAUAUUCCACGUCAUCGAUUUUGGAUUCGUCUCCGGCGGUUGGCGGUGGCGAAAUGGGUUACUGGAACCCGGCGUUUACCGCGUGGUCAUUUGAUCUUCCGACAACCAAUGGUGCAUAUCAUUAAGUCUUUAGCCUCAGUUAGGUUCUACUUUUUCUUUAAUUUGGUUGAUUUUUUGGUUAUGUUUGUGUGGGUUGUGAUACUUAUUAUGGCUUUAGCCUCAGUAGCUAAUAGCCACUCUUUCUUCUUCUCUGUCUGUAUGUGUGUUUUAAGGUGUAAGGGACAUAUGAGGGAGGGUGUACCAACUAAGGACCAGGAAAUUAAAUGUUUUGUUACUUGUUA